CGACGGCGGUCCGACGGUGUCGACGGCGGCAGUGGACAGCGAACCGCCGAGUCGGAACACCAGGCGGCCUCGGCGGCCCCUCACAACUGUCCCCUCACCACGGACAGAGGCAGGUCAAAGACUGUGGGACGUAGUGAGGCUUGGGAUAAGGACAGGACUCAGACAUGUACCGGGGCAAGCGGCUACUAUCGGCUGCUGUGGUGCUGGCUCACCUCAGCUUCAACGUGCUCCCCACACACGCCUUCCCUCAGGAUGUCAGUAUCGGGAAGCCCCCUUCAGAAGAUGAACAUUCUCCAGCCCGCGACGUUGGCGCGCACCACAUCAUUCGAGAGUGUAUAAACACGACGUCUGCUGACGGCACGUUCUACAUCAAGUCGUCUGGGGACGGCUCGUCGGAGACCUGCGGCCUCUACCUCUUCUCGGACGCCAAUAACAUCAUCGAGGUGCAGCUGAACUACGUCAACGUGCCGUGCCACACCGGCGGCCGGGUCGCUCUGGUGGACGGCUGGGAGAUGAUGGGCGAGCUGUGGCCCAGCCCCUCCGACCACGGCCGGCCCGUCGAGGAGCGCACCGUCGAGCUGUGCGGCACGGCGCCGCCGCCGCGCCCGUUCGUCAGCGAGCAGAACGCCGUGCUGCUCCAGUACCGACUGCCGGCCGCCGGAUCGGCACUCUCCGUGCGCGUGCGGCACCUGCCCAACCCCCGGCCGUGUAACCAGCUGAUGGACGGCACCACUGAGGUAUUCUCCCUGCGCAACUUCGGCCAGCGCAGAAACUGCACACUGUUCAGCAUGAGUCCUGUGGAGGUACAGGUGUUGCCGUUCCGUGUGGGAGCGCCCUUGAGCGGCGGUGGGAGGCGCACGAGGGCUGCCCUGACCUCUACCAAGUGCGCGCGUCGCGGCUGGCCCGACUUUGUGGAGCUCGGCGAGGCCACCGGUCUGGACACUGACCGGUCGGCGGCAGUCAGCCGGCGUCUCUGUGGCAUCAGCUCGUCGGCCGGUCCGCCGGAGAGCGUGUGCGGCAUGUUCGUCUCGCGGCUGGUGUCGAGCGGCCUGUUCGACAACCACGUGCUGGUGCGCGCGCGGCUGCUGCCCUUCCAGCAGAUGCUGAGUCUGUGCGCCGCCGACUACGGCCUGGACGACCAGCAGCUGGAGGAGAGUCUGAAGGACUACAGCUGGUGAUGGGUGACGGGCCCGACCCGCCGCCGACCUCACCGUCACGGCUGAGAGCGCUGCUAUGUUCACAACCGGGCAUCUGCCAAUACACGAUGGAUAAUACCAAUACAGGAGUAAUACAAGAGUCUUGUACUUACUGCUGCUUCAA